ACGGUCGUGCUCCGGUCAGAAGAUUUUACGAGAGAUCGUGAAAAUAAAAAAACCUAAUAAGUUGAAGAUAGUGCCAAAGCUCACAUACGGCUUUACCAAACCACAAAAAAAAGUGCCUUUAACCAAUACGUGAGAAUUCAAUAGGUUUCUGUUGAUAUCAAAGCCGUCAUUGUAAAUAAAUGAAAUAAAAACCAACAAAACAACAAAACUAUUCAAACACCGUUUUUGGAUACGCGCUACUUUUAAAGAUCUUGGAUGUCCUUGACGGCUAUGGCGAAAACCAACCCAGAAAAACUUUACAUGCAACUAAGCGCAUCGGAAUUAUCAGCAAUUAUUAUGAAAGAUUCACCCAAUUCCAACGACCGUGAUGCGGGUUUUUGUUCCGCCAGUUCGGAAAGCGAAGGCGGAGACGACUUGGUCGUCGAGCACGCGCGCAGUGGCAGUCCCGCCAUCAGACCAAAAGGAACGGACUCGGCAGACUCCAAGCCAAUAGCCCUUAUCCGCAACAAGCGCAAGAGUUCGGAACCCUUCAAAGUCGUAGGUUUGACGACUCCUAAGUCGAACUCCAUGCCUGGUCCCCCGUCCAGUGCGAGUAUGAAUGCAACUGGUCCGCUCAAGAAACGUAUACGCUAUACUUCUUCCGCCGAUUCGGCUGUGGUCCUAACACCACCAGCCAUUGACUCUCCACCACCACCCAUCAGUUGCAUGCCUUCCACGUUGGGCCCGCAGCAUCAAAUAAUGCCCAAUCCCGCGCACAUAUAUGUGCGCCAUCCGGGAGUUACGACUCUGCACAGAUCGGUUCCUGCCCAUCCAGAACAGCUGGAACCACUCGCAUUGGUAACCACCAAAAAGCCAUGUGUCGACAACGCGGGGCCCAAAAUAGAGGUUUAUUCCACCAUGCCAAAUGGGAAGCAGCCAUCCGCCAAAAAAACAUUGAAGGAAAGGACGCAAAAAGAAUCAGCGUCAUCUUCAUUCCUAGACGCCAGUCUUAGCGAUGACGACCUGUGCAAGGCGGGAUUGGCAUCCAUGUCGCGUCCCCAUCAACACCAACAUCAACGCAAUUACAAGAAUAUGACUAGGGAGCGCCGCAUCGAGGCAAACGCACGUGAACGGACCCGUGUCCACACCAUAUCCGCCGCCUACGAAACACUGCGCCAAGCUGUUCCCGCUUACGCCAGCACUCAAAAACUUUCCAAGCUCUCCGUUCUUCGUGUGGCGUGUUCCUAUAUACUGACUUUGAGCAGAAUGGCUGGCGAGGAUUACAGCGCCGAUCAGUCCGUACCGUCCAUUGCCUCGUGCUUGGAAGCUGUAACAUCAACCAUCCAAACGGAGGGAAAAGUGAAGCGAAAGAAGGACGAGUAAUCUGUCCACUUUCUUGGAUACCUUACUCUUCUCUAGACUUUAAAUGCGACUGAUUUCUGCUAUUUUUAUAAAUAUUUGCGCUUCAGCUAGGUUUAUCUGCAUACAGCAUUCCUAUCCACAUACUUUGAGUCUUGGCCAAUAGUGGCCUUAUAGCUUUAAAAGUUUUCAAGGCUUUGUUAGAUAUACAGACUAUAUAUGUUUUAAGAACAAUUUUUAAGUAUGCCUGCAUACGAUUUGUACUUUAUAGUGACAUUGUUAUGAAUAAAUACUAGCGAUGUGAUCUUAAUUUAAUCUCUAUUUACUGAAGCAUGUUCGGCAGUACAAAUAGUCAACGCCAACUAUAUGAAAAGACAAUAAUCGGUAUCCCUAACACCUAAAUGACAAUAAUGUGAACCAUAUAUUUACCUAAAAUGUUUCAGAUUCUUGUUUCAAACAGGAUUUUUAUAUUAAUAUACAAAUAUUUAAAAGAAGCUUUGCCAAAAUGUUGUAAUUUCACCAUCAACUUUAGUUAACUUAGGACUGAAUAUGACAAUGUAUAUUUGUACAUAUACCUCUAAAAUAAGAUACAUUUUUCUUCUGUUACGAAUUGCUUAUAACCGAGUAAAACAGUAGUAAUUACGAAU